AGGACCUGACUGACAGAAGGCCAAUGGCUAAAGUGGAGCUGACGCCGCUUCGACCGUGGGACGACUUCUACCCCGGCUCGGAAAGGUUCGCCAAGCCGGACGGCAAAGAUUUGGCGAAAUGGAACAACAGAGUUGUCAACAACCUGCUUUAUUAUCAGACUAAUUAUCUGGCUCUGGGCAUCGCCGUGUUCCUGGUUGUGGGGUUCCUGAACCCUGUGGGGAUGCUCACAGCCGUAGUCGUGGUGUCGGCCGUCUUCGUGGCGUCGGUGUGGGCCGCAGAGAACAGAUCUGUGAUCAGCCACUUCAAGAGGAACAAUCCCACGGUCUUCGUGGUCGCCGUCAUGGUUACCAGCUACAUGUUGAUCUCCGUGCUGGGCAGCGUCAUGGUGUUCAUGUCGGCCAUCACUUUACCUUUGGCUUUGAUAUUUGCACACGCUUCCUUUCGCCUCCGCAACAUGAAGAAUAAACUGGAGAACAAGAUGGAGGGAGCCGGACUGAAGAGGUCCCCCAUGGGCAUUUUGCUGGAGGCCCUGGGUCAGCAGGAGGAGAACUUUCUAAAGAUCCAGAGCGUCCUGGAGGGAAAACUGAAGGACUGAAUGGACUUUGUUCUCUCGUGUGGUCUUCUUUUGGCCAAACAGCUCAACAUCCAAAGUCUUCUCAAAGUUUCUAUCAUAUACACUGUGUGUGUGUGUGUGUGUGUGUGUGUGUGUGUGUGUGUGUGUGUGUGUGUGUGUGUGUGUGUGUGUGUGUGUGUGUGUGUGUGUGUGUUUGAAAAGCAAGCAUCUUCUCCCUCAGGGUGUCUGUCUUCCACUGAGAACCUGCCUGAGCACUUUGACAGACGUCUCAGCUACGCAGUGUGUGCGAGUGUUCAUGUGGAACACAGCUGGAUACACCAGCCCCCCACCCCCCCCCACCCCCCUCACCCGCCCAAGUGUUGCUUUGAAAGAAAGAAUAAAAAAGCACACAGCUUCUGGACUGUGAAGGUUUUUAAACUAAUAAUAUGGAUUCUCUUCAAUUCCUUCGGUGAGCAUUGGGAAUAAAAGAGAAGGCAGUGCUUUUGACACGAACAUGUGACUCGGAGCGCUGAUCCCCGUGUCUGUAUUUAAAUGAAGGUUCAAAGGAGUUCGAGGUCUUAACCCUUGGCCAUCGGUAUUCCUCCUGUCCCUCUGGACUGUUUAAUCUUGACAGUGAUGGAUUGUCUAACUUUGCUUUGCUCUCCACUUGCCUUCAAUGCUAAUCAAUGGGCCGCAGUAGAUAAUAGAGAGCUGCACAGUGACGGAGGGGAUUCAUCUGAACCCCAGAUAGCUGCUGCGUCAGCGUCUUCCAGCUGCUUUUCUUAUUGGAUUCCAUUUGAAAUUAACUGCAGAUAACGAGAAUCCACGUGGAACACAAAGCCCUGUAAUUUGCUGAUGUGGCAGUGUGCAGAUUGGGAGACCACAUGAUGAAAACGAUUGGCAAUAAAAAGAGUAAUCACUGUUUUUUGCUUUCAAAAAGACACCUCAGGGCAUCUCCAUCCAUAUUGUGCAACUUGGAAGAAGCAAUAAACUCAAGUCAAGUCUUGUCUCCAAGGACACAGUGGAGACCCUUGUUCAGAUGCAGCUGCUGCCCCCCCCCCCCCCCCGCCCUCCCGACAGGUGCCCGAUCUCUCCUGGACAGACUUGAAUUGACUUGAAUUCCAGGAGACGACGGCACAAACAAACACACAAAACACCACCGGAGUCGACACAACUUUGCCUCGUUGUCAUUGUUUGCAAAGGUAUCCAAGCAACCUGUCACCCAAAAAGCAGCCUGUGUACAGUCCUUCUGACUGAUGCUAUCUGUUCACUUUCCACCACAACGAGGCGUGGUGCAAGCAGUCAUUGCGUCUAACGGUGCUCACGGCUCGCCGCCUCGGGGCCUGACCUCUUUUCGGGUCAUGCUUCACCUUCAGUUUGCCUCUUCUGCAGCUGAUCAUGUGACACGUUGAGGUGUUGACUGACCUCCAAUGCGGAGGGGGCCUUAAGACUUGCAUUCUUUCUACUAACCAGCAGGGGGCAACUCCUUGUUGCAAAAGUGAGUCUGAAAUAAAUAUAAAUCUUUGAGAAAAGGACCCCCUUUUCUAGCUUGAUUUAUACGAUUUAUAUUAAGUAAAUAUUUGAAAUAGAGUUCAUGGAUCUAGUUUCAAGUCUUCCUCAAUACGGCAUGGUGUUAAGUUCUGCUCGGCGCCAUAUCCAGCGUCUCGGCAUGGCGACGGUCUAUCCGUGGUGCAGCCUCGUCCUCAAGUUCAUUUAAUAUUUCCAGAGCAAGGACAACGACUCUGGAUUGAGUUCAUCUAGAAUCUAAUAAAUCAUACAGGGGCCGUUCAUGUGUUCACACGGAGUCAUUCACAACGUAAGUGUGUGCAUCACGUGACGGACCUGGACACGAGCACCACACCUUCUGACCGCUGGCUCCAUCUGGCUGCUCGUUGGCCCACGUGAUCCGAUAAUCCCUCUGUGACCCGUCGGAGCUGCUCCUCCCUGGAUGGAGGUGGGCGUGAUGAUCCUGGAGGAGGC